UGUGUAAUAAGGCUCGCCGGUGACGUCACGAGAAACUGCUGCCAUUUUUACCGGCGAAUUUCUCGGUACCGGUCUCUACGCGCACGCUAGCCAUCAUGAAGAUCGACCGAGAAGUUGUCGUCUCCUUCGCUAAGGAUCUUGCCGCCGGAGGAAUCUCCGCCGCGAUCUCCAAGACCGCCGUAGCGCCUAUCGAGAGAGUCAAGUUGCUUUUGCAGGUCCAAGCAGCAUCCAGACAAAUAGCUGUCAAAGACCAGUACACUGGUAUCGUCAACUGCUUCUCUCGUGUCACCAAAGAGCAAGGCUUCUUCUCAUUAUGGCGUGGUAAUCUGGCCAACGUCAUCCGUUACUUCCCGACGCAGGCGCUCAACUUUGCCUUCAAGGAUAAGUACAAGAGAGUUUUCCUGGAUGGAGUCGACAAGAAGAAGCAAUUCUUGAGAUAUUUUGCCGGCAACCUGGCGUCUGGUGGUGCCGCUGGUGCCACCUCCCUGUGCUUUGUCUACCCGUUGGACUUCGCCCGUACACGUCUGGCUGCCGACGUGGGCAAAGGUUUAGCCGAGCGUGAAUUCAAAGGUCUGGGCAACUGUCUGUCCUCCAUCUUCAAGUCUGAUGGCAUAUUGGGUCUGUACCGUGGCUUCGCCGUCUCUGUUCAGGGCAUCAUCAUCUACCGAGCUGCUUACUUUGGCUUCUACGACACGGCCAAGGGCAUGCUGCCGACCAAAUAUCAGAGAAAUAUCAUCAUCUCUUGGAUGGUUGCCCAGACGGUGACCACUUGCUCCGGUAUCAUCUCCUACCCCUUCGACACGGUCCGUCGACGUAUGAUGAUGCAGUCUGGGCGUAAGGAUAUCAUGUACAAGAACACCAUCGACUGCUGGCGGAAGAUUGCUCAGAAUGAGGGUGGACGGGCCUUCUUCAAGGGGGCGUUCUCCAACGUCCUGCGUGGUACUGGCGGGGCUCUGGUGCUGGUGCUCUACGAUGAGGUCAAGGCACUCUUGUGAUCUAACGUCACCCUUCACACAAAGGGAUGUUGAAUAAGCCAUUAAUAAAAUCACCAUCUUUGGGGGAAUCUUGAGAAGUUACACUUGCCAGAGUUUAAAAAGCUUCUUAAAUUGUGGCACGGGUAACACUCUGUCUUUUGCAAUAUGAGCACAAAACACAAGCUACAUUACAAAUCUGUAAUUACCUCUUGAUCUCAAGAUUCCUUUUGGCUCAGAGUUUUCCAAAUGAAACAAAAUAGAAAAAAUAAAGCACAUGUAGAAUGUAAUAGAAUGAAGUGUUUUAAGGUUUUUUAACAGUUGGUAAAUAUUCCCCCUAACUUAUACUAGGAAUAAGUGGAGAUAUAUGUUAUCAAGUGUUCUAAUCUGUACAGGUAUAAAUCUGUGUUGAUACAUGUAAAAAAACAAACAAACAAACAAAAACAACAAUAGUAGCAAGUUGCUACUAUUGUUUUUUUUUUUAGGAACAACCAGCAAAGAGCUUAAAUGCAUGUACAUGUGUAUUGCAGGAAGAGUUCAUGCUUUUGCAAAACAACAGUCCCACAAGUUUGAAGUAGAACUUACAAUGGUAUUCGUUCAUGUUUUAAUGUUGCUCACCGAACAUUGGCCUCAUUUGCUACACUUUUCAAAUGCCAAUUGCUAAAGUGUACAUGUAAGGCUAACGCUUUGAUUCCAUUGUUUUAGUUUGUCAGAUAAUGGCGCACUUCACCAGACUAAGUUGUUAUACAAUGAUACUGCUGUACCUUGCUGUAUUAACAAUGCAACCCCUUGAAUGUAUUUUGUAUAAAACUAGUAUUUCAUUCGGUUUAUCAAACACGUUUGUAGCACUCUGGACUUACUUGGCAUAUAGCUCAACUACCAACUUAACUAUUCACUGAUGUUCGUUAAAUACAAAAUAGGAAAAGAAUGGCAUAAUGUGGUAUUACUAACAGACUCUGUGAAUCUGUAUUUAUCCAUAUUCAGGAUUAUUUCUAUACCAAUCAUGUUUUUAAGCGUGACGUAACUGGUUUGUUGUUCCAAGGCUUGGCCAUACUUUAUGCAUCGGCUUUUCAACAUCGCACACAAACUACAGGUUUAAAUAGCAACAGUGGUCAUUUUGUUUUUGGCUUGAUGUGUCCCCUUCACAAAAGUUGCAUCCACGUGAAGUAUGAAUUAGCCUGUAGGCUUAUUAUUUUUUUUCACCAUUAAAUAAUUUGAACAGAUUGGAACCUAGUUUAUGUAUUAUUUAAUUCUGUGUAACUAAUCAAAGAUUGUCGUUAAGGAUUUGGGUAAUUUGCUGUGCAAGAAAACCAUGCGAGUGUAUUUUAUCCUUUUUCUAAAAUGUCGAACCCGAUUGAGUCAAUUUGUAACUAGGAUAUUGAAUGGGGUUUUUUUUGUGGAAUGAGUGACUAGAGUGACAUGAUUCAAUAAAAGAUUUCAACUGA